AUGAGUUUAGCUGUGGUGAACGAGACAACAAUGACAACAUUCGUAGAAGACAGGAAGGCAUUCGAAAAGUGUGUUAAGGAAUGUUUCGAAAUGCUUGAUGUUGAUGGGGAUGGAGUGCUUUCACGAAAUGAGCUUCGUGAAGGAUUUUGUAAACUUAUGUCAUUAGGGCAUGAAACCCGACAAAAAGAAGAGAUUGACCAUCUUUACAAUACCAUUUUCAAUAGGUUUGAUGAGGACCAAAAUGGAAGCAUUGAUCCAAAAGAGUUUAUGUGCUUAAUGAGGGAGAUCAUGUUUGCAAUGGGACGAGGGUUUGGUAAUUCUCCAGUUCUGGUGGCUCUUGAAAUAGAUAGUUUGCUUAUGAAGGCUGUCGAGCAUGAAUUUGGCCCCAUAUAA